GUCGAGAAACGUUUCUCGCUGUAUGCGAAGACUCAGUUGAGCCAGCUGUGAUACUGUUGGAGGGUGUGAUGUUUGGAAAGUGGCUCAAUAUUUACUGCAUUUAUUUUCUUUCUUUUUUUUUAUCUGAAGGCCGGCCGACCGUCACCGUCCUUUUCUGUCCCAACCAUCUCCCUCCUCUGCCACCAUCAUCGCCCUUCCACCCCCACCUCCAUCCUUUCCAUUGUUCACUUUUCUCUACCCAGAACUAUUCUUUCUAUCCAUAUGCCAGCAAAGUCUUCGACUGCUUCACGCGCUUGGGGAACUCGGUUUGAUUCGCUUCCUUCAACCUCGCCACCAUUGUCUCCGGGCUCUUUCGACCGCUCCUUGCGUGACGUUGAAACUGCCAACAACGGCCAGGCUCCUUUCGACGCGUCGAACAAGCAGAAGGAAGAGAAAAUGCCCCACGACGCCAGCGUUUUUGUAGGAAGUCUCCCCGGUAACAUAGACCAGCCGGAAUUGGCUCGUUUGUUGUCUCUGCACCUAUCGGAACAUGCACAAGUCAAGAACGUCAAGGUAGUUCGCGACUCCAAAGGCGGUGUCUGCGCUUUCGUACAAUGCGAGGAUGCAGCGGCCGCGACUAGCCUUAUACACACUCUUCAUUCCACAGAGCCUAAGCCUUUCUUGGGUCGCCACCUGCGCUACGAGCCGGCAAGGGCUUUCAGGACCUUGUUGCUAUCUUAUCGCACACCCAUGCAAUUUAUCCCUAUCACGGAUGGCGACGCUGUCCCCGGAGAAUAUGAUCGGGGAAAACACGUAGAACUGGACCUCCCCUACGCCAUGAGGCUGUGGAGGCCAAGAAAUUCCAAAUAUCUAGCCCUUCUAUACAACGCAGAAGCUGUCGAAGCUGAGAACCAAGCUUCUGCGUCCAAAAGCCGUUUCAGCGGCGACUCUUGUGGUGAUCAAGUCUUGCAUCUACAGCCAGUUACGUGUGAUGCUGAAACUAUCAAGAGGAUUUGUUUUCAUUUCGGACCACUAGAGCAGUUCUGGCCAUAUAAGGCUGAAGACCCGACAGAUUCUGAAGAUGACAGUCUUCGAAAACAAUUCCCUUAUCCCCACGACGGACCUCGGUCUGCUUCGAUGGAUACUCGUUGUUUUGAGGUGAAAUGGGCGCACAGGGAUGAUUGCGUCAGUGCGCUGAUGGUAAGAAUGCUCAUCUUCGCGCCAGAUCUGCUGCUAACACUUCGAGAAUUACAGACUCUGCGUCGAGUCCCGCAUCUGACGGUGACGUGGGCACACCAACCUACUUUUCAUAGACGACAAUCUCCUUAUCAGAAUCGCUCUUCUUCCAACGCCGCCCUUUACCCGAUGUAUUUGCACGACCAGGGCCACAUGAGAGGCAGCCCACUCGCCGCAUCUCUCUCUAGCGGAUCUCGAAGGGACUCUGCAACAACUGAGGAAUACAGCGGUGCGACGAGUGUUGGAGAGUGGAAGGGCUUGCCUCAAGCUGCUCGUAACGGGGAACCAACUUUUGCCUCCACGAACUCCACUCUCGAUACUUCGAUGCCUAAUUCGGGAUCAUCACAGGGCGAGUUGAAUGAAAUGGACUUUCCUCCUCUUGUUGAUGUUAAGGAACGCAAAACAGAUUUCAGUGGCGUUUGGGGUGAAAAGAAGGCAGAAGACGAGAGAGAAGAUAAAGGAGAUACCAGAGAGAUUGAUGGGUUGGCAUCUACCAUGGGGGCCGUUUCCUUGUCUGACACGCCUCACGUCACGUACGAUAUGUCGGAAGAACCGUUCGCUGCCGAAAAAGAAGAGAACUCAGCGGGGUACCAAGACAUCGAGCAGGAGUUGGAUAUGCCCCCGACUCCUGGGUUGGGGAUGUCUCCCAUCACACCUCGGACCCCCGGAGUGAUGUUUCCCGCGACACCCACCAGUACGAUCGGUGACUUGCAUGGCAUAGUUUCGUUCAAUGGGUAUGACUCAAAGGACAAGGACGGCUAUCCAGAGGAGCGCACCCGUGAAGAGAGGCUACUGGAUCCGACGACCUUAUUCGUGGGGGGGUUGGAGAUGUAUGGUCCAGGCGCUUGGGAUGAAGAGAAGGUCAGCAACUUCUUCCGCAAGUUCGGUGGGCUGGAGAGCGUCAAAGUGGUGAGGCCAGUAAAUGGUCGCGCUGCCUUUGCUUUCGUGAAGUUCGACAAUACUGAAUCGCCUGCUCGUGCUGUUUUUGAAGAGCACAAUCGAGUUUACGAGGGUCGUGCUAUGCGUGUUCAACUUAGGGAUUGUAACCCACCCCGUAGCAGCUGGAAGUACGGCAGAGGGCGUGGACGUUACCCUCAUCACAACACUAUGCCGCAUCGGCCCUAUGGUGAGGCAAAUGAGAUGCACCAUCAUAGGGAGCAUAGCCGUCGAGGCGACAUGGUAGCUCCUGGGGAAACAUCGGGAAUGCCUGCCGUCGAUGCUGACGCGCCGCCGCCUUUCGACGUAGGUACUCAACUGGACGAUACGGCGCCCAAGAGGAAUUCGGAGGUUCCGAGUAAUACGGAGUCUGUAUCGACUGCUGCUCAUGAUCAAGAAGCAGCAAAAAUUCUUGGGACAACGGAAGCGCCACCGCCGACCGAGAACUAUCGUGAAUGGUAUGAUGCUCUCGAACCGUCACCCACAGAAACGUCGUCACCAGUCACUCUCACUCCUGCUGUGUCUUUCCCUGGUGCUGGCGGUGCGGGUGUUCAGUUCCCGAUGUCAGCUGGAACUUAUUAUCCACCACCGCCUUGGAUUCAACCUUACGCUCCCCAAAUGCAGUACCCAGUUCCUUAUUUCACAGGCCCUGCCAUUCAAGCCGGAUAUGCAGUUCCCCAUCCUUCUGCUCCGGGAUAUUCAGGCGCCACAGGUUCUGAUGCCAAUGGACCCGUGUCUACGCCCCAAAAUUUAUGGGCGAUGGGCAUGUAUGGUGCAUAUAUUCCCUAUCCUGCCUUCCCGUCGAGGCCGACUCAGAAUGCUGAUUCAUCAGCGCCUCAACAAGCGCAGGUGCAGCAACCUCCUGUGAUACCGACAGGAUUCAUACAGAACGACCAAGGCACUCUCAUCGCAGUCUACCAACCUGAAGCUAUUGACCAAUAUAUGACCAGCGGACAAGUUCCUACUCCGCCUAACAGCGGUCAAGCUCCAGCACAGAGCAUAAAUAACUGGAGUUCCCCCCCUCCUCCCACUUUCGGAGUCCCCGGCCAAGUGCCCCCGAGGAUGUCUAUGCAAGCUCGUCAAAUGAUAGCGCCUCCAGGAGGUGUGGGCUGGAUACCAGCCGGUCAAUCUACCGUUACCUUUCCCGCUUCUGGAUCCCAUCAGGCGAUGACUCCAUCCGGCAGUAUGCCUCUCCCGAGUGCAACGACCUUCCGUGCAAGCCAUGACAUUAGUGCCAAUCAUCUUAACCCAUCGUUGAGGCGAAACACCGGCCGUCGAGACCAGCAGUUCAAUCCCAAUAGGAACAGUAAUCGGUCCCUUUCAAACCGCCACAGUCGACCGAACGGCAAUAAUGUGGGCCUAGGAUUCAAUGAAGGUCAGCCACAACGCACAAUGCCUUUCCCCGUCCAAUUCUAGGUGAUAUCUGCUGUAUACAUCUUUCCUUUCGAUUUCAUUCUUCUCUCUUUUUCAUUUCCUUCCAUGAUCUUCGUCCUUCUUACUCAUUUUCGCUGUACAUAAACACAAA